ACUUUCAAACUGUGUGUGGAGUCUAGAAAAGGGCUCAACCACACAAGUUUAUCUUGUAUUUUCACCACGUAAAUCCGUAAAACUUUACCAAUUACGGGAGAGCUAUCUUUCCAAGGAGACAAUUAUCUUUUUUUAAAAAAAAAAUCUCGAAAGUCGCACUAAUUUUCUCUGUUUUCACACUCCUCCUUGCUUCUAGAUUUUUGUGUUUCUAACAACCAAAACCAAAAGCAUCACUAGCAUAGGAAGAUCCACCAUUAAUUUUUAAUCAUUAGCUUCAUUUUCCACCAUCUUCUUUCUUGAUUGAUUGAAGUUCUUUUAAGUAGUAGGAGGAAACAACAACACAACAAUGUCAGUAAAACUUGAAGUUCCACCUGGAUUUACAAAACCAUUGAACAAGAUUGUACACAAAGGGAUCAUCAAUGCCAUAGAUGAUACAUGCAUGCAAGAUCAUGAGAGCAAAGAUGUUGAUAAACUAAUUUGUGGUAAGAGACGCAGUUUAAGAGAAAGAACUCCAUCAAAUCUAUUUGUUUCAACCCAUUUCCUCCCCUCUCCACCUGGCUCAGGUCGACCUUCCAAACACAGAUCAGAUGUGACAGCUUCACAACCUUUACGACGUGGCCCAGGUCGCCCUCGGAAACAGAAAUCUGAUGAGAGUUCAGCAUCGGAAUCUUUACGGCGUCGCCCCGGUCGCCCUCGGAAACUUAUAUCAGAUGUUACAGAAGCUCCAGCAGUUUCACCUCCUGCACCACCAUCGGGAUCGACUGGGGAUGUUUCAGUACAAGUUUCUGCAACCAGAAAUUCUCUGGAGCCAGUUGUCUCACCUCCCAAGACACCGUUGGGGUCGACAAGUGAUAGGCCUUUAAAAGUCGAGGAGGAAAGAGAAUCUAAUCCGUUAUUAAGACUGAAGAAACCCCCGAAAACAAAGCAUACACCCCAGAUGCUUGAUGAAGAAUUGAAGAAAGUUAUUCAUAAAGUCGAGUAUUUAUUGGUGCAGAAGCUGCUUAGUUCCGGGAACGACGUUGAUAGCAUGGUCCAUCAUGCCAAUACUACCUUUACAUAUUUGAAAGGGUUUGGUGUUGAGUAUGAGUCUUUUUACAGAGAUGUAACGGAAUACAUCAAACAUUGCUACAAUCUUCAUGAUGCAGAGAAAGAAGAAACCGUAUUGUCUUUCUCAGUUUGGGGGGGAAACUAUUUAAAUGCUAUGCGUAAUGCAAAUGAUGCUGAGGAGGUCAUGGUUCGUGCUCAAGGAGAGCACGAGAAGGUCAAAGAGAAAAUCGGAACAUUGAAGAGGCAACUAGAAGAUCUGAAGCAAGAGUUAGCACAUAUCGAACAUGAAGAUGAGCGUCUGAAACGUGAUAUAAUAAAAUAUAGAGAAGCCCAUGACGUUGCAGAAGCCAAGAGACUAGAACUUGGCACCCAGUUGGAGGCAGCUCAAGCAAAGCUAAGGGAAAUUAAGCAGCGCAAGAAUGCAGCUCUCGUAGGGAUUGAAUGCACCACCCAACGCCUAGAGUCCACAUAUCGUUGAUGAUCUCGGUUAGUUGGAUUUUCUUUACUCAUCGAACAAGCUCCUAGUAGAUGAACUGAAACUUCUCAUGAUCAUUUUGGGAUUUCAUUUUCUCUAGCAGCAAACAGGUUGUUUAAUUUCUUCGUUUAGUUAUCGGCAUGUAGUAAAUUCUCCUUGUAUAUUGAUCACAUUGUAAGGACAACAACUUGGCGACACAGUAGUUCGUUAACUAUGUUGAUGAGAGGCAACAGGUACCCGGUGAAAUUAGUACGUCCAAGCUGUCCAAAAAGAAAAAGUAUUUGACCACAGCUUAGGGGUCUUUGUUGGAGAAUGUUUUAAGGUAUUGAUGACAUUUUCAUCUACAUGCAAUUUGCAGAUUAGCUACUAUUUCCAGCUUCAGUUCAGAUGUCAAGUUUGACCCCCUUGUAAUGAUCCCAGCCAUUCAAACUACUUACGACUUUUUUACCUUUUCGUGGUUUUGUUUUUUCUUUGUCCUUCUCAUGUAUAGUACACAGUACAAUUAGAGCUAAGGGUGUAUCUUGUAUGAAGGAAAACAUUUUUUUCGAAAAAUAUUUUUUAAUUUUC